UACCGGGCUGUUGAUUUCGUACUUGAAAAUAUUAUAAUUACAAUAUUUACAAUAAACAAACCAUGUAUAAUUUGAAGUGAUUGUGUAGAUAUUGUUGUUGAAUAUGGAGCCGUCGAAAGAAGCCAUCGCAGUGCGCAUUACGCGGCUAAACCGCCAAAUACUGGGCAAAGUGACCAGUGGCACCAGUAAACUGAAGAAGACAAUAGACCGCGAAACUCUUCUGGAUGCUCUCACUGUGUUGUAUGAUGAAUGUAAUGAUGACCCUAUCAAGAAAUGCGAUGAGCUCGUCAAAGCGUUCGUGGAUAAAUAUCGCAGCACCCUGGUGGACCUGCGGCGCACCCGAGUCUGCCUGUCUGACUUUGAAAUACUGCAAACAAUUGGCCGGGGACACUUUGGUGAAGUGCAUAUGGUGCGUGAGAAACAGACGAGCGACGUGUAUGCAUUAAAAGCGGUGCGUAAGGAGCUAGCGACGCGCGCAGCCGGCGUCGACGAGCGAGAUGUCAUGGCCACCGCCACCACGCCCUGGAUGCCUAGGUUGCAAUAUGCCUUCCAGGACAACUCGUCCCUCUACCUGGUGAUGGAGCUGUGCGUGGGCGGCGACCUGGCGGGGCUGCUGGCGCGGCGCAACCACCCGCUGGGCGAGCGCGACGCCGCCUUCUACGUGGCCGAGGUGGCGCACGCGCUCAAGGCGCUGCACGGGAUGGGAUACGUGCACCGCGACGUCAAGCCGCACAACAUAUUGCUCGAUCGCUGCGGGCACGUGAAGCUGGGCGACUUCGGGUCGUGCACGCGGCUGUCGGAGGGCGGCGGCGGCUGCGGCGGCGGGGCGGCGGCGGGCACGGCCGACUACGUGGCGCCCGAGCUGCUGGCGGCGGCCGCGUGCGGCGCGCGCCACGCUGUGUGUCUGCAGUACUGUCGCGGGAUUGUGCACGCCGCCAUUUCGGCGUGCGACUACUGGUCGCUGGGCGUGGUGGCGUUCGAGCUGGUGACGCUGCGGCGGCCAUUCUCCUCCAGCGAUGAAGACACCGUCGCGCAGAUACUCUCCAAUAUACAAAAAUACGAGAGUGACACAGAGACGGGCCCCCCAUUCGAGCCGGCGCCCAACGGGCCGUCGAGCUCGUGGCGCGCGCUGGUGGGCGGGCUGCUGCGCGUGCAGCCGGGCCGCCGCUACAGCUACCUCGACGUGCUGCAGCACGCUGCGCUCGCGCACCUCGCCUCGCACAACAUACGCGACCAGCCGCCGCCGUGGGUGCCGUGUGUCCGCGGCGCGGAGGACGCGUCGUACUUCCACCCCCCCGACCGCGAGCGGCCGCAGCCGUCGGCGGCCCCGUUCCGCUCGCGGCCGCCCUUCGCCGGACAACUGCCCUUCGUCGGGUACUCCUACGUGGCUCUCGAGGAGAACGACGACAGUAGCGGCGGCUUCAACGCCUCGCAUGACUGUACUGCCAUCGAUUUGGCCACUUUCAAAUCAGCGGAGAAGCUGGCUGCGAUGCGCGGUCGCGAGAUCGCGUCGCUGCAGAGCAAGCUGGCGGCGGCGGAGGCGGCGGCGGGCGCCGAGGCGGAGCGGACGCGGCGCGCCGCCGACCAGGAGGCCGAGCGCCAGCGCGCCCGGCUGCAGGCCGAGAUCACCGCGCUCUCGCUGCAGAACAGGCGUCUUGAACGCCAAAUCGAGGUGGAGAAGGAAGAGCGCAUGGCCUUGGAGCGCACCAACCAGCAGCUGUCGACCAACAUCUCCGACCGCACCAACGCCGAACUACGCGCCGCACAAGCUUCCGUGGCAGAGAUACAAGCGGAGCGGGAUGCGCUGCGCGAGGACUUCCGCCGCUUGGAGUCGCGCGUGGCAGAGCUGCAGGCGGAGUGCGCGCGCGCCACCGCGCUCGCUGACACCGCGCAACAACAACAGAAGCAUUAUAAGGACACAAUAGCGAAAGAGCGCGCGUUGCGUCGCCAAACAUUAACCGGUGGGGAGGCGGAGAGUCGCGAGGCGGGGGCUAGAGUGGCGCAAGCGGAGGCCAACGCGGCCAAGGAGGCGCGCGCCAGGGAACAGCUGGAGAAGCGGCUGGCCACUGCUGAGGAGGAGAACGCUAGCCUGCAUGCCGAGGUCGGGCAGAUCCGGCGGGAAUUAGCCCGGGCCCAGGAAACCCUGGGUGAGAAGAACCGGUAUGCAACGGCGUCGACGGAGCAGCUGACGGUAGCGCAGGCGCAGCUGGCGCAGGAGCGCGCGCGGGUGGCCUCUCUGCUGGCACAAGUACAGGAGUUGGAGCGCGGCAUGCAGGAGGCGGGGCGGCGCGAGGCGGCGCUGGAGGAGCAGUGCGGCCGCACGGAGGCGCGGCUGCACGAGCGGCUCGACGCGGCCGAGGCGCGCGCCGCCAGCGCGCUGCAGGACGACGCCAGGCACCGGGAGAAGGUCAACACCCUGGAGCAGUUAGUCCGUCAGCUAGAACGGCAAGUGACGGCGCUAGAAGGCCGCGCCUGCCCCAAUUGUGAGGCGCGAGACAACGAGGCCAAGAAAGACGCGCACAGCGACACGGAGAGUGUCGGCGACGCGACUAGUGUCGCGCAGACACAGGUCACUGUGCUCAAGGAGCAGCUUGAGAGGGCCGAGGCUCAGUUGCAGGCACGUGCCGAUGAAAUUGCAUCCUUGCGUCAAGAGGCGAGGGCCGCUAAUUUAGCGAGAUGGCGAAAGGAACGCGAAUUCAACGAGUUACAAGUAGAAGCGAAGUCGACGACACGCGAGCUCAAACGCGUAGAAGAGCGUUUAUCAGCUGCAUUAGAAACUAAGAAGACUGCUGAACAGAAAGCGUCGACGCUACAGAGCGAGAUGGCGAUAUUGAAACCGCAACACGAGCGAGCGAGCAAGGAGGUGGAACGGUUGAAGGAACAGUUAGAGAAGUUGCAGAAAGCGCAUGAAAUUGCUCAGGCGGAGGUGGACAGGUCUCGUAACGACAUCCGCAAGUUGAAGAGCGAGUUACAAUACAGUGAGAAGCGGCGCCUGCACGCCGAGGAACAGGAGGAGCUGUCGAGCCGCGAGCGAGCGCAGCUGCGAGACGAGAUGACAGAGGUGCGCGCGCAGAACAACGAUCUCAUACAGAACAACAAAGCGUUACAAGAAGCAUGCAGCCUACUGGAGGAACAGCUGACGGAUUUGGAGAAUCUCGCCGACAUGCACGAAAUUAAGAAUAAAGAUCUUGAGGCGGAGACGCAGCGUAUGCGUUCAGAGCUGGAAGCGUGUCGCGCCCGCCUGGGCGAGGCCGAGCGGGCGGCGGCGGCCAGCGCGGCCGCGGCCGGCACCGCCUCGCAGCAGAGCGCAGACGCGCGGGGGCAGGCGCACCACGCGCACUGCCAGCUGCAGCUGCUCACGGAGCGGCUAGAGAACCGCGAGGCACGUGUGGCCGAGCUGGAGAUGCGCGCGGCGGCGCUGGAGGGCGAGCGGCUGGCGGCGGAGGCGGCGCUGGGCAGCGCCGUGCGGCGCGUGCGCGACCUGCAGGAGGAGUGCGCCGCCAUGCGCACGCGCGCGCGCGACCACCACGCGCGCGCGCUGGCGCUGCAGGCCAGCCUCGCCGAGGCACAGGAGGAGAUAUCGGCGGUCCGCGAGGCGAGCGAGGCGGCGACGGCGUGGUGGCGCACGCGCGAGACGAAGGCCGACGCCACGCUGCGCCAGCAGGCCAAGCUUAUUGACUUCCUGCAGGCAAAAGUAGAAGAGGCGGGCCGCAAGAAGUGUUCGCUGAGCAACAAGUUGUUCGGCCGCUCCGGGCGCAGGACAGCCACCUCGCCGCCGCUGCGACGCGCUAACAGGGAAUUACGUGAAGAAGUAGACAGAUUACGCGCUAAGCUGUCGGCGUAUACACUCAACGGCGAAGCAGGAUUUCCAGCCACACCGCGACGAGAAAAGCCGAAGCCAGCAGUUAAUGAGAAGAAAAGCAUAGACACGCCCGAUGGUCCCGAUGAAAAUACUUUGCAAAUAAUAUGGAGUGACGGGUCCCGCGAGCGCCUGCGCGCGCGCUGCAGCGACGGCGUGCUGGUGCUGGCGCAGGGGGGCCGCGACGUGCGGGCGCGGCUGCUAGCGGCCGACGCGCGGAACCUAGCGCAGAACGAGGCUAAUCGGGCGUUCAGUGUGCUAACAGACAAAGGCGAGGCCACAGUAGUGUGUUCGAGCAUCAGCUCCCGCGCCAGCUGGGUGUCGCGGCUGACGGCGGCGCCGCCCGCCGGGUACGCGCCCCUCGCCGUGCUGCAAGUGCCGGCCCAGCCAGAAACCGCGCUCUAUGUCGCACCCAACGCCAUAGCUAUAGGUUGCACAGACGGCUUGCACUCUCUACGCGGCCUAGUAACCUUGGAAUUUGACAGCGAAGUAUCUCCGCCGCGUCAUAGCGCUAAUACCGGCGUGGUAUGCUGCGCUGCGGCCGCGGGGCGAGCGCUCGUCGUGUGGUCGGGACAGCUGCUCCACGGAGGGUUGUUGGCGCUAGGGUCCGCGCUGCGACGGGCCGAGGCCUUGAGGCCAGGACUCGCGCUUAGCCGUGUGAGGCUGCCUGAUCUCACACCGCCGCAUCUUGUCAAGGCUUCAAGCUAUGAUGCCAACGAAGGUCCAUGUGCAGUCGUCGCAUGCGGACGCAGAGUGUUUCUACUCCGAUUCGAGGCAUCAACAGCUGAGUUCAAGGUCGUUCGCUCGCUAACUGUCGAUCGGCCGACCAACUCACUAUUGCUCAUGGACAAGUGUCUGUACAUCGCGGGCGAGAAGCCGCUCAAGAUAAAUCUCCCUUCGGGAGCUCUGGAAGCUUUCGGUAUGGACGAACCAAUCAUAGCGGCCGCUGCCAAGAAACAUUCCCCGCCUAAAGCUAUACUUCUCAUACGCGACCGACCGACUGAAAUCCUGCUCUGUUACGCAGAAUGUGGAGUUUUUGUCGAUGAAAACGGCAAAAGAACGAGAAAUGAAGACCCUAAAUGGAGUUCAGCUGUUCAAAGCUGGGAGUAUAUCAACCCUUUCCUAUAUCUCGUAGGCGAAGAGAAGAUCACGAUUAUCUACAUCACCGAAGAAGCGUACAGAGCCCCUCCGUGCACGUGUGACACCACAUCGCUGGCGUCCACAGCAUCAGAAUGCUACAUGCCUGAGAAGUUCAAUUUGAAAAUGAGCGAACCCGCUUUACUGGGCUCAGCCCCGAAUGGAAUUAUAGUACGUUCGAAAACCGACAGUGGCUACAGCGUCUCAAUAGUUGAAGGCAUGGCAGCCUUCAAAAGCGUCGGUGCGUCUAUUGAAUCUCUAGAAACCAUCUCCGAUAUGAAAGGAUCUUCUUCAGAUUUGGGUCAAUCGAUGACAGAUUUAGCACAGUCUAUGAAUGAGCUAGCGCACGACGUUUCCCAUGAGAGUGUGGAGGCGAAUACAGGGUUCCUAGCAGACAUCAGGAAGAGAGCGCAGCAGUUAGCCAAGAAACGUCACAAGGACAAGUCCCCGGAGGACGUUAUAAAAGAGAUUUUAACAACAGAGGUGGGAUUAAAACGGUCUUCCACAGGUAGAAAGUCACCAGCAAUGAUUUCCGAGAGUGAGUCGGAAACGGAUAGCGAAGAUAUGGAAGAGAACCAACAGAUGACCGCCACCAAAGGACCAGCGGAUCUCUGCGCAGAAAUGUUUACGAGACAGGUUAGAUUCCAACCAUCUUAAUCAAACUCAUUAGAGUAAACUAACAUAAAGUUGCUUAUAUAAAAUGACGUAAGUGAGUGUAUUGAAGUACCUACUCAUAUUUUUGUUACUGAUUUACAAGUUUUCAUAGAAUGUUGGAAAUGGAUAAAUGUUCUCAAUAUACGUAUAUUAUGAAAGCUGUUGUCUAAAAUGCAUGAGAUCAUGCAGGUGUAGUGCAGGAUUAUUUUUAUUGUAACUUUGUAAAUGUAAGUUAUGUAACCUUCCUUUGAAUAAAAUAAUAGUGACAUAAUAUUAUGUAUACACAAUUUAGCAGACGAAGUUACAAAGUACUUAAGUAUUUUAUUUGUAUUGUAUCUACAGAAUUUGUAUGAAUAAGUAUUAAUGUACUUAACUAUUUUAUAAUAUAUUGACAUUUGUGUUAUGCGCUCUUUAAAAAUGAUGUGAUUAUUCAUAACGAGUUUUCUUCAGAAAAAUGUAGUGAACAUUGUCAAUAUACCUUUACAUGCUACCAACUGCAGGGAAUGAAAGCAAUAGUGUGAUAGGAAGACAAGUUGAUACGAUAUCAUGUUUAUCUUGUUCUUUUGCAGUUAUAUAACCUGCAUUUGUAAUUCGUACAAUACAUGUCGUUUAUUUUUGUAGUACACCGUUUACUGCAGGGGUUUACUGUAUUGUUUUCGUUUCGUUUGUGAUUGAUGGCGACGCUUUCAAGGAGUUUCAAAAUUUUAUUUGGAUCAUGUCAGGUCUUGCCGCUCAAUAAACACAUUUUUAAAUGUAAUUGACUUAAUAUUUAUUUACGAACAAUUUACUGUGAUUUGAUAAGUUAAUUUAGCGUUUAGAUUAGUUUUAAUCGCUAGUGUUUAUUUGUUUGUAUUGUAAACUGUGUCGAAAUAAUGUAAGUGAUGUUUGUUUAUGUGUUGGAUAAUAUAUUUUUUCUUCAGAA